UAGCCGCACUGCUCCACUGGAACAGAGGAUGUGGACGACUCCGUGGAUGAAAGAACGGAUUGCACUCUGAAGAAGAGAGACAUGCAGAGAGAAAGGGAGAGAGAGAGCAAAAAUGGGAAUGGAAUAAAAAUGAUUCUCCUUCUGUUGGGUCGUCCUCUUUGCUCCAGUCUCAUUUGCUUUGAGAGGAAAACUUCCCAGGCAGAGAGACAGAGGAAACGCACACAUAUUGCGAUAUAUCUAUAAAAUUCCUAUACAUAUAUCAAUAUAUGCCUGUUUUCUUAAAAGCUGGCUUUGGGAAUGUUGGAUCUUGACCUCGGGAGCCUGUUUACAAAUGUCCAUUCUCUUCCUGAGAACAACUGAACACAGCCUCAACAGGUAACUAAAGGGGAAAACUAUAGAACACUAUGUAUGGGCAGACGGGAGCAUUCGGAAGCUUCUGGAAGGAAAAACAACGAGUCAGCGGGAAAGGAAUCAUGUCCAGUGGAUUAUGCCAUCACAGUGCUUUGGAUCUCUUCUGUCUGAGCACCAAACCAGUGUUUGGUGGGAUGGUUAUCCACCUGAGAUGUCUUCGCUAGGAGACAACUCAACAGGGAUAAGUGUGCCAACGCUCAAAUCCGUCUUCAGUUCUUCAGGGUCCCAAGUCGGCCGGCUCAUACUGGAUCCGUUGUGCCCGUAAGAAAAUUCUGGAAUAUUCAUGAGAAUUCUGCAGGGUGCUCUGCCUCUCAGGUGACUCCCCGCGAACUGGAGACGCUCCAGGGAGCGGGAUUUUUCAGAGCGCUUCUCUUUUUGGCAGUACGUUCGCCUGACAACGGCAGACAUGUUUAAUUAAAGGAGCGGGAGAAUCAUCUGGGGAUGCGCUCCUGAAGGAGGCUCAGUGAAGGACUGAGCUGAGGCUCCUGCUUCAGCUUGCUCGCAUGCUGCACACACACCUCCUCCUCCUCCUCCUGUCCUCCUCCUUGAGGACUUGCUUGCUCUAAAGCACUAAACUGCCAGUGCGUGAAUCCUCCCAUGCCUCCAAGACACUGAAACUGAGAAUACUCCCUCUUCUUUGUCAUUGAAAGUCUUCGAAACUAAAUACAUAGUGUGAGCCCCCUUCCACACACACACAUACACACACACACACACAUACACACACAUUGUUGCUAUUACUGUUGUUGUUGUUUCUCAUCUACACGCGAGCCGGUGAAAAAUACCUACCUUGGCUGUUGAUAUUUGGGUGUAAACUACAACAUCAAGCCUAGUUGGGGUGCCCAAGGGGGCUGUGGCAGAGCGGGCACUUUGAGUCAUGGCUGCCCACGUCGUGCUCGCCUGCCUGGGUCUGGCUCUGGUCCUUGGGUCUGGCUGCCUGGGCCCGAAUGGCGGCUCGUGGACUGUGGACGCCCAGGCGUCGCCGGCAGCCGCCACGGCCAAUCAAACGGCACCGCCCUCCGAGUCAUCACCGGAGGUGACGUUGGCCACACCAAGCAUCGCCGUCCCGAGCGUGGCGUCUGAGCCCAAGCCCAUCCUGCCCAUGGGCGGCAACUGCCUGGGCUACUACGAUGUCAUGGGCCAGUGGGACCCACCGUUCAACUGCAACGCCGGCGUCUACCAGUUCUGUUGCGGCUCCUGCUUUUACCGCUACUGCUGCUCCAGCAAGGUCCAGGGGCUGGACCAGUUGGCCUGCUCCAACUACGACACGCCCGUAUGGGCCAACACCGGCAAGCCGGUGGCGCCUGUCACCGAGGCCCAAGAGGAGCCGGAGCGCGACAGCACCCACAUGAUCGUCUACAUCAUCUGCGGCGUGGUGGCCAUCAUGGUACUGGUGGGCAUCUUCACCAAGGUGGGGCUGGAGAAGAGCCAAGGGAGACAGCAGGACAUGCCCAACUCCAGGACCCUGACGGAGCUGCUGAAGCAGCCAGGAGAGGCGGGCGGAGUGGACAGGGCGGGAGGCCAUCACCCAAUCGGAACCAACGGCAUCUCUGGCAGACCCCUCCGCACCAAUAACGAACACAACCACCUGAACAACGCCGCACUCUCCCCGCUGGGUCCGGCCAUGGCGCUCUCUCACCCCCACAACAACCUGGGCCUGAGCUUCAACAAGUACACCUCCCUCAAGGCCGUGGACUCGGGGCUCCGGGACUACUACAAGAGCUACCCCAUGAUGGACUACAACCCGCGGCAGACAUCCAGCCCGCCCACCUUCCAGCCCAUCGCCUUCCACCCGAAGGACAAGCCCUUCCUGCCGCCGCCCGACAUCCACGCGCCGCUGGCCAUCACUGCCACCGUGGCCCCGCUGACCAAGCCCAAGAUCUCCAAGACCAACACACACCCGCUCACCUCCACGUCCGCCUUCAAGGUGUGGGACCCCAGCAAGAGCCACGUGCAGCACCCGCAGGUGGCCCACAUGGGCCCGCCGCUGCAGCCGCUGGCGCACGCACAGACGCUGGUGCACGCGCACACGCUGCAGUCCAUGCAGUCGCUGCAGGCGCACGCGCAGUCGCACGCGCAGGCGCAGGCGCAGGCGCAGGGGCAGCCCAACAGCCGGCGGCAGGCCUACACGAACAAGAGGCAGUUCAGCAUCGAGACGCUGCCCGAGCUCUUCUCGCAGCCGCUGGGCUACGGCCAGUCGCCCCACCUGCACCCCAAGCACAAGGGGCUGCCCACCAACAGCAAGACGGAGGUCACGGUCUGAGCUAUGGGCGACAAACGGAGCGAGAGAGAAAGGGAGAGAGAAAAAGAGAGCAAGAGUGAAUGAGUGGGAGAGAGAGAGGAAGAGGAAAAAAGGCAAAAGCUGGUCUUUACGACUACAAAUUGAGGAACACAUGGAGAUGGUGGAUGGUGCCUGUGAUUACAUGCAUUGCCUCUUUCAACAGCUCUGUUAGCUGGGGUUAGCGCUUAGCGCCCAAACACUCCUCUCCCCAUCGUUAUACACCCCCCCCACCGCCUCCCAUCCCCGGGCUCAAUGAAACCAUCACACCUCUACUGCUUCUCCCAACCUCCUCUCCCACAAUGAGCACAGCUCCCACACCCUCCCAGAACAGACAGUUCUCUGUGUUAGAAGACUGUCAGGGCAGUUCAGGCACACACACACACACACACACACAGACAAAAACACACCCAUUCACAUACAGUAUACAGGCACAGACUCACACACACACACAGAGGAGGGAGUAUCCCCAGAGCAUGCAUGUCAGCUUGGACAAUGCCGCUGUGUUGUCACUUUCCAUCAGGCUCCACCUAGAGUGGAGUGAGAGAUCAUUCUGACAAAUCUGGACCAGAGAAGAAAAAAAGAGAGGGAGAGGAGGGGAGGAGAGGGGGAAAAAUACACCUUGAUUUUGUGUGUGUGUGUGAGUGUGUGCGUGUGUGUGUGUGUGUGUGUGUGUGUGUUUUAUCGUUCUGACCUGCGGCAAGAAUAUGCAAGGAGAACUCAUCUGCGUCAGAGCACCAGCGCAUCACUGCUGCUCCCAUGGGCUUGGGGC